GCCAGUUCGAGGAAAGAUGAUGAAGCUCUUCUGUGCGAUUGUUGGUGUGGCGGGAAGCGCGUUCUCGGUUGAAGUAGACGGAGGCAAGACGGUGGAUGACUUGAAGAAGGAAAUUAAGAAGGAGAAGCCCAAUAAGAUCCAGUGUGAUGCUGACGAGCUGCAGCUCUUCCUUGCGAAAAAAGGCGGCGGGUGGCUGCCAGACAACGAAGACCUGGACACGUUGCUUCAGAGCGAAAUCGACACUUCAUCGUAUUUGCACAUGCGUGCGUCGUGGAAGCUAAGCAAGCCGAACCUUUUCGGGCCUGGCGUUUCGCUCGGAGAGGACGUAGUUCACGUGCUGGUGGUGGUUCCGGAGGGUGCAGUUGGUUCAGCGAGCGAGGCUUCUACGUUGGCGCGAAUGUCAGCAAAAUUAGAUGACCUACACAAUCAAGCUAUAGGGAAACGCAAAUAUGUCCACUCGGAGGUAACCUCGACUCAAGGCAGGCAGCUUCUGAACGACUUAGAUAUUCGGGUGGAAUUUGUGCGCACAGUUCCGUUCGCUGCUGGAGAGGGUUCUUCGGUUGGCCCAUUCGAGUGGAAGAGAGUUAUUAUUGAAAACGGCGAAGAGGUCGUGCUCACUGAGGAGCAGCAGCGCAAACUAUAUCUUGAGUACGUGGAACGCAACAUUGGCGAUGUGCUUAUGAAGAAGCAGCUUUCCGUGAUCGGCGUGGAAAGAGGCACAAACAUUCUCACUGUUGAAGUUCCUGGUCGCGAAAUUGAGCUUGCUGGACGUACCGAUCUCCUCAUACUGAGUGAUCUUGUAAAGAUGAGGCCGUCCGAGGUACGGUACUUGCCUGGAGUGAAGAUGCUGAUUGAAGUGAAGAGAGACGUUAAACCAAGCAACGACUUUCAGGCUUUGUCGGAGCUGAUCGCUUUGGAUCUGAUCGCUGGCGAUCCAGUAAUGGCGCUACUUACUGAUUUGAAAGGUGAGUGGUUAUUCUUCUGGGUGGCCGAGAAGAUAAACAACUCGGCCCGUAUCUGCAAAGCGGCAAUCAACGAGCCAAGUGAGGCUUUCGAAGUGAUAAAAGCGCUACUUGCGCAGCCACCGACUGCUGGUACUGCCACCGAGAUCACGCUACCGUGUUUCCAACUUCCCGUGAAGAGAUUGAAGCUGAGAGAGGCGUUACCAGCUACCGGAGAAGGUGGUGGUGCAAUUCGUGAGAGCAUCGAACGAUACUAUGACAUCGCCAGCAUGUUAGGCCCCGAUAUUGAAAUGGCGCGUUCUGUAGCUAGGCAGGUCACUCGAUCUAUUCCUACGUUGAGUUAUUUCAGCUAA